AGCUUGCAGAGCUCAGAGAAGCUGCAGGAGCCAGGCAGACAGGCCGGCAUGGUGGAGUUUGCACCCUUGUCCGUGCCGUGGGAGCGCAGGCUGCAGACCUUCGCAGUCCUACAAUGGGUCUUCUCCUUCUUGGCUUUGGCCCAGAUCUGCACUGUGGGCUUCAUAGGCCUCCUGUUCACAAGAUUCUGGGUCCUCGCCGUCCUGUACGCGGCCUGGUGGUACGUGGACAUCGACAAGCCACGGCAGGGCGGCAGGCGCAUCCAGGCCUUCAGGUGCUGGACCAUAUGGAAGUACAUGAGGGACUACUUCCCUGUCUCGCUGGUCAAGACGGCCGAGCUGGACCCCUCCCGGAACUACAUUGCGGGCGUCCACCCCCACGGGGUCCUGGCGGCUGGAGCCUUUCUCAACCUGUGCACUGAGAGCACGGGCUUCUCGUCGCUCUUCCCGGGUAUCCGCCCCCAUCUGAUGAUGCUGACCCUGUGGUUCCGGGUCCCCUUCUUCAGGGAUUACAUUAUGACCUCGGGGCUGGUCACAUCCGAAAAGGAGAGUGCUGCUCACAUUCUGACCAGGAAGGGCGGCGGGAACUUGCUGGCCAUCAUUGUUGGGGGUGCCCAGGAGGCACUAGAUGCCAGGCCUGGAGGCUUCACGCUGUUACUGCGGAACCGCAAAGGCUUCAUCAGGCUCGCCCUGACACACGGGGUACCCCUGGUGCCGAUCUUCUCCUUUGGGGAGAAUGACCUGUUUGACCAGGUUGAGAACUCUUCUGGUUCCUGGCUGCGCUGUGUCCAGAACCGGCUGCAGAAGAUCAUGGGCAUCUCCCUCCCACUAUUCCACGGCCGUGGCAUCUUCCAGUACAGCUUUGGUCUCAUGCCCUACCGCCGGCCCAUCACCACUGUGGUGGGGAAGCCCAUUGAGGUGCAGAAGACGCUGCAGCCCUCAGAGAAGGAGGUGAACCAGCUGCACCAGCACUAUAUCAAGGAGCUGUGCAACCUCUUUGAGGCCCACAAGCUCAAGUUCAACAUCCCCUCUGACCAACACCUGGAAUUCUGCUGAGCACCUCCAGCCAGAGGAAGGGCUGCCCCAAAGGGAAGGGCCAGCAUCAGAGAGCCCGGCAGGAGGUGCUGUGAUCUGAGAAGGCUUUCUGGAAGCGUUUGUUGGACAUAUCUUCAGAGCCUUCCCAAACUCCUGCAAAUGCAACCAAUGUCAGGCCACAAGUCACAGCUGGCAAUGUGGAAGAGGAGAUCAGACUCUGGCAUCCGCAAUUUGUAUUGCUGCUGCAAAACCUCUGCAAGUCUCCUGCUCCUUGGCCUCUGUCCGCCCACUGGUGAAACGGGGGAGAGGGCUGGAAGAGAAUGAUUUCUGAGGUUGCUGGCCUCUGUUGUAAUCUCUCUCAAACAGUCUGAAAGAAAAUACAGGCAAAAGAGAGAAGUAAGGUUUCCCUUCCUCUAACCUUGAGUGACAGCACAAAGAAGCCACCAGCUCCAGCCUCUUCUCCUACAAGCCCCCUUGUCCUGUGCCCUGGAUGUCCCAGCUCCUCCAUACCAAUGCUGGAGAGGAGGGGCAGCCAGUAAGCCCUAGGCACUUUCAAGUUCCUGGGUCCUCUGAGCGAUGGAGUGGCAGCCAGAGGGGCCCAGAAAGUGGGUACUGCACUCUGCCACUGACCGGCUAUGUGACUGUGGGCAGGCCUCUCCCCCCUCCCUUGGAGCCUCUGUUUCCCCGACUGACUAAGGUGAUCUCUGAGUCUCAGCUCUGACAUUACGUAGGCUGAGAGCUCCAUGAGGGUGCCUCUUACUUGUCCUUUGUAACUUCGUCCCCUGACCUUGGCGCAAAAGGGGGGCUCC